UGUUUCGAUACUGUUCUCCAAAUUCAAAUUUUGCUGCAGGAAAUUGAUGGCUGGAGGUGACGAAGAAGAUGAUGAUUAUAUGGGAGACCUCUCCCAAUUCAUUCCACCAGAGGUUUCUCAAUCUUUCUCAAAAAAGGAUCCUAGCUGUAAUAAUGUUGCAGUGUCAAAGUCUUCUUCAAGCAAGAAAUCGAAAUAUCACAACUGGCAGGAGCAGAGGGAGCUCGACCGGAAAAGGAAGCAAAUCGAAGAGGAUAAACUGACAGUAGAAAAUGCAGGCUCUGCAAUACCACAGUCUAAUAUUGGUUUCAAGCUGCUGAAACAAAUGGGCUACAGUCCUGGCUCUGCACUGGGCAAGGAAGGUUCAGGGAGGGCUGAGCCGGUUUCUCUGGAGAUCAGAAGGGGUCGGGCUGGAAUUGGCACGGAAGAUCCAGAGGUAGCAAAGAUGAGGAGAGAGAAAGCGAAAUAUGAGAUGGAUAAGAGGAAAGAGAGUGAGUUGAUGGAGAUUUUCGGAAGUCACCAGAAGGAGCGGUGGAAGGGAAAGAGAGUCGUGAUGAACUUCCGAAAGGCUGAUGCUGCUCUGGCGCAGCUCGAGAAUAGGGAGGUUAAGGUGGAGAAGAAGGAAGAAGAAGAUGCGGAAAAGGAAGGCGAAGAAGAGGAGGAAGAAGAAAUUACAGAAGAGGAUUUGCUAAACAUAUUGUUGAAGCUACGAGACGAGUUCAAAUACUGUCUCUUCUGUGGAUGCCAGUACGAGUCCAUGGAGGCCCUCGAAUCAAACUGCACCGGGAUUAAUGAAGACGACCACUAGAUUUUAAUGGAGACGACCCAGCAGUUCAGAGCUGGUAUAUACACCGAAUUCGUAUAAUCUUAUGGCCCAUGUAAUGGACUGGACAACUUUCAUGAAUUGUUUGUUGGUGCAACGGGCUCUCCUGGUCGAAUUCAUGCCAGUUGAACACGGGAAAGCUAGACAGGAUGAGGUAUCCGAAAUAUGUACUGUAUUACUCUAGAAGAUCCAUGAAUUCGAUCAUCAUGUGAGAUCAGUUCUGAAAUUACUAGAUAUAUUGAUCUCUAUGACUAUUGUAUCAAAAAGUUUCCUGUUUGUAUAAUAAAAAAAUUUCAGCUUUUUUACCA